AUGUCCUCCACGGCCCCCCAGAAGCUCCCCUUCUGGGCCAUCCUGCAAGACCAGAGCGCGGUCGACAGUCAAGCACGCCUCAAUCAAGCCGGUCGCUACGACCUCAGCGAGUCCGAGCAGAAGUGGGUUGCACGCCAGCCCGCCCUACACGCACGCGGCUACUCGCUAAGAACGCGCUACAUCCCGGGAUGGCAACCGUCGUGGAUAGGCACCAAUCGACGCGCCUUGUAUUGCGAAGACUCCAUCUGCACGAUAAUACCAAGCGUCAUGGAUGCUACUCGACAAGAGGACGGUCAGCUGGUUGCCAUCAAGACUGUCUCCGAAUCUCAAGAACUGAAAAUAGCGCAGUUCCUUACGUCACUGGACGAGCCUCGAAACCACUGUGUAUCUGUCUUGGACGUCUUUCCGGACUCCCUCGAACCUGGCAUCACGUUGAUGGUCAUGCCCUAUCUUCGACCAUACAACAAUCCACCCAUGGCGACUAUCGGAGAAUUGUUCGCCUUCAUUGACCAAACGCUCGAGGGCUUGUCGUUCCUCCAUAGUCAUCGAGUUGCACAUCGAGAUGUUGCACCGUCAAACAUCAUGAUGGACGCUAGUGCGCUCUUCCCCGAGGGCCAUCAUCCUGUUCGACUCCAGGCCACACCCGAUGCGGUGUACGACGCCAAGUACCACCCGCGUACAGGCCGACCCGUACGCUACUUGUACAUUGACUUUGACUGCGCCACCGUGUUCGACGAUGGCAAGCCUUCGAUGGUCCUUGGCGUCAUAGGUCGCGACAGAGAAGUCCCGGAACUCUCCGAUUUGGUACCGUACGACGCCUUCAAGGUCGAUAUCUACGCUCUGGGAAACAUGUACUUCAAAGAGUUCUUCAUAACACAUAAACAUAUGGAAUUUCUGCAGCCAAUGAUCGACCAUAUGAAACAGCACGAUCCGUCAGCGCGCCCUUCUAUAGAAGAAGUUAUCCGACAGUGGGGAGCGAUUCGGAGCAACAACAAGUCCAGGUCAUCGUGGCGUCUAGCACUGAAGACUGAGACAUCGGUCUCGCGGUUAGUGGAGGGAAUCCAGAACGUCGCUAUGAACGGCCUGGAGAGCGUUUUGACCUAUCUAACAUAG